GCAUUAUCCAAAAUUAUCACCACCUCUCUAUGAGUAGUAUCUAUCAUAUGAUUCAGUGUUAAUCUUCUUCUCUAGAUUGUUCAAAUCCUUAAUCCUUGAUUGUACAAAGAUUAACACGGAAUAGUGUUAUGGCGACAAGUUUGAUGAAAUUGGCGAGGUUAGCUUCUGUUUCAUCGACAUGGAAGAAGGGAUUCUCAACAAUCAGUAGCAACUCCAUGGAAGGGAAGUCGAUUAAUCUCUACACCGCCAUCAAUCAAGCUCUUCACAUUGCAUUAGAUACUGAUCCUCGUUCAUAUGUAUUUGGGGAAGAUGUGAGCUUUGGUGGAGUUUUUCGAUGCACAACUGGAUUAGCUGAACGAUUUGGUAAACAAAGAGUUUUCAACACCCCUCUGUGUGAACAGGGCAUUGUUGGAUUUGGUAUUGGUCUGGCAGCAAUGGACAAUCGAGCUAUAGUUGAAAUACAGUUUGCAGAUUAUAUAUAUCCUGCUUUUGAUCAGAUUGUCAAUGAAGCAGCUAAAUUUAGAUACCGAAGUGGAAACCAGUUCAAUUGUGGAGGUUUGACGAUAAGAGCUCCCUAUGGUGCUGUGGGUCAUGGAGGGCAUUAUCACUCACAAUCCCCUGAAGCUUUUUUCUGCCAUGUUCCUGGUAUUAAGGUAGUUAUCCCACGAAGCCCUAGGGAAGCAAAGGGCUUAUUAUUGUCUUGCAUCCGCGAUCCAAAUCCAGUAGUCUUUUUUGAACCAAAGUGGCUUUAUCGCUUGGCUGUAGAAGAAGUUCCUGAGGAAGACUACAUGCUGCCAUUAUCAGAGGCUGAGGUGAUUAGAGAAGGCAAUGACAUUACAUUGGUGGGUUGGGGAGCUCAGCUGUCCAUCAUGAAAGAAGCUUGCGUUGAGGCAGAAAAGGAUGGAAUAUCAUGUGAACUGAUAGAUCUAAAGACUUUGAUACCAUGGGACAAGGAAACAGUGGAAGCUUCUGUUAAGAAGACAGGAAGACUUCUGAUUAGUCAUGAAGCUCCAAUAACUGGUGGAUUUGGUGCUGAGAUUUCGGCUUCUAUUGUUGAACGUUGUUUCUUGAGGUUGGAAGCACCUGUGGCUAGAGUUUGCGGACUCGACACUCCUUUCCCACUUGUUUUCGAACCAUUCUAUAUGCCGACAAAGAACAAGAUCUUGGAUGCAAUCAAAUCCACAGUGAAUUUCUAGACAACAGCUCGGAUAUAGGAUACAGUAGGCUGUUUGUUCUCUGUAUAAACUAUCAAGUAACUGCUAUUUGUACAUGAAACAGUCUGAUCUAUGCUUGUUGAAUUUGAUUAUUAAUAAACCACUUUGUUUGAUUUUAACCA